GCUGUCCCAGCCAGGAAUCAGAGGAAUUCAGAGAGACAGAGACAGAAGGAACAAGUGGCUGCAUGAGGCAGGCACUUGGAGAGUGGGGUCAAGUUUUGCAGGAAUUCCUAACCCAUCUUGGAAGAGGUGGCUGCGGUCCAGUGUGGCCCAGGCGGCAUCAGCCUGGUGCCUGGAGUCUCCACAUUAGCGCCUCCCUUCUAGAAGUGGCUCGCGACUGUUGUCUCCAGGGGCCUCCCGAUAAGGUCUCACUCCCUCUCUCCUGCUCAGCUCCACUCUUGAAAUUGAAAUACGGGCUGGAAUUCACUGCACCCCAAAAAUCAUGGGACCCAGGAUAGGUCCAGUGGGUGAGGAGCCCCGGAUGUCAGACAAGGACACCAAGGCCAUGAUGAGCACAGAAGACAUACCUCAAGGCAAGGCCAGCCCAAACUCUCAGGACUUGCAACGAAGUGUGUUCUAUAGCAUCAAGUUCUUCGUCCUGUGCCACAGCCUGCUGCAGCUGGCACAGCUCAUGAUCUCCGGCUACCUCAAGAGCUCCAUCUCCACAGUGGAGAAGCGCUUCGGCCUCUCCAGUCAGACCUCAGGGCUGCUGGCUGCCUUCAAUGAGGUGGGAAACACAGCCCUGAUUGUGUUUGUGAGCUACUUUGGCAGCCGAGUCCACCGGCCCCGACUGAUCGGCUAUGGGGCUGUCCUUGUGGCCCUGGCAGGCCUGCUCAUGAGUCUCCCACACUUCAUCUCGGAGCCAUACCGCUACGACCGUGCCAGCCCCGUGGACAUGCCACAGGAUUUUGAGGCUUCUCUGUGCCAGUCCAAAACCUUGGUCCCAGACCCAACCCCAGCUCCCUCCAACAGCAGCUGCUCAAGCUACACGGAGACCCAACAUCUGGCUGUGGUGGGGAUAAUGUUCACGGCACAGACCCUGCUCGGCAUGGGCGGUGUGCCCAUUCAGCCCUUCGGCAUCUCCUACAUCGAUGAUUUUGCCCACAACAGCAAUUCGCCCCUCUACCUUGGGAUCCUGUUUGCAGUAACCAUGAUGGGGCCAGGCAUGGCCUAUGGGCUGGGCGGUCUCAUGCUGCGCCUUUAUGUAGACAUCGACCGAAUGCCAGAAGGUGGUAUCAGCCUGACCUCAAAGGACCCCCGAUGGGUGGGUGCCUGGUGGCUGGGCUUCCUCAUCUCCGCUGGUGCGGUGGCCCUGGCUGCCAUCCCCUACUUCUUCUUCCCCAGGGAGAUGCCCAAGGAGAAGCAUGAACUUCGCUUUUGGCGAAAGGUCUUGACGGUCUCAGACUCACCUGUUAGCAAAGGUGAAGAUUCUCCCUCUGAGCAGAGUCUGCGGGAACCUCUAGAGAAGCAGGAUGGCCUAGUCCAGAUUGCACCAGACCUGACUGUGAUCCAGUUUAUCAAAGUGUUCCCCAGGGUGCUGCUGCGGACCCUGCGCCACCCCAUCUUCCUGCUGGUGGUCCUGUCUCAGGUGUGCAUGUCAUCCAUGGUGGCAGGCAUGGCCACCUUCUUGCCCAAGUUCCUGGAGCGCCAGUUUUCCGUCACAGCGUCCUACGCCAACCUGCUCAUAGGCGGCCUCACCAUCCCAUCGGCCAUUAUAGGCAUCGUGGUGGGGGGCAUGCUGGUCAAGCGCCUCCACCUGGGCCCCAUGCGCUGUGGAGCCCUCUGCCUGCUGGGGGCGCUGUUCUGCCUACUUCUCAGCCUGCCCCUCUUUUUCAUGGGCUGCCCUACCCACCGGAUUGCAGGCAUCACCCACGAGCCUGGCAACUUGCCUGGACUAGAACAGUUUCCAGCCUGCAGAGGGAAUUGCUCCUGUCCAUUGGACGACUUUAACCCUAUCUGCGACCCCAGCACCCAUGUGGAAUACCUCACACCCUGCCAGGCAGGCUGCACAAGCCGGGUGGUCCAGGAGGCUCUGGACAAAAGCCAGGUUUUCUACGCCAACUGCAGCUGCGUGGUAGGGGGAGGCCCUGUGCCCGCGGGCUCCUGCGACUCCGCCUGCAGCCACCUGGUGCUGCCCUUCAUGUUCCUGGUCAGCCUGGGUGCGGCACUGGCCAGUCUCACCCACACACCCUCCUUCAUGCUCAUCCUAAGGGGAGUGAAGAAAGAAGACAAGACGCUGGCUGUGGGGAUCCAGUUCAUGCUCCUGAGAGUUUUGGCCUGGAUGCCCAGCCCAGUGAUCCACGGCAGCGCCAUCGACACCACCUGUGUGUACUGGGCCCAGAGCUGUGGGCGGCGGGCCGUUUGUCGCUACUAUGACCAUGACCUGCUCCGAAACCGAGGCUGGGGACCAUCUGAAGUCUGGCUGUAGACCUCUGGUGGAGUGGAGUGAAAAGAACAGUUUUAGAGUCAGUGAGCUUUGGGUUCAAAUCCUGACUGCCACUUACUCACAAUGUGACCCUGAACAAGUGAUUUAACUUCUCUGCAUCUGUUUCUUCACUUGUGAGGCUGAUCCUUCCUCUUUCCUGUCUCCCAAAAGUUGUGAAGACCAAAUAAUAACAUACAGGCAGUGCACCUGAUGACCAAUAUUUGUACGUUUCCUUCUCCUGUCCCUGAAAGAAUUUAAGGCACACAUAGAACAUGGGGGCAGGAUCGAGGUGAAGACAGAGGGAGGAGCCACCAAGGAGGGAGACACACUGCCCUGGCUGCAGCUCUGUUUGUCCCCUAAUCUCUCUUCCACUGUCAGCCAGGGCUCAGCCUGCCCAGCCUUAUCUCUCCCCACAGCCAGCCUGGGACAGCUUUUCUCAACUAGAUUUACAUUUUUAUUGAUUUUCUUUCUCCCUUCUAGAGCAGUCCCUUCCCCUGCUGCCCCUUUUGCUAUAAAAUGGGCUUACCCUGGGAAACAGUAGUUCUGGGGCUGACCAAGAAGUGAUGGUUCAAGGAUGGAUUCAUUCACCAUUCAUUCAUUCGUUUGUUUGUUCAACCACCCACCCGACCAACAAAUCCUACAUGGCUGCUCUAUGCACCUGUGCUGGCACUGCUGGGGACACAGUCACGUGUCAGAUACAGCAAACUCCUAGUGUAAGCAGACAAGCUGACACACAGUGACAAAAGCAUGAGUAGUCAUAUAGGGAAUAAAGAAGAGGAAGCCACAAACUCUUCCUGGGGCCAUCAGGAAAGUCUUCCAGAACAGGUUAGAUCAGAGCUGGCUUAGGAGAUUAGGCAGGAAGUCCCCAGGUAAGAUGAAGGGAUUGGGCAUGAGAAACACUGGGAUGCACAAAGAUAGGGAGACAUGAGAGAGCAAGGUGCGUCUGAGAUAUGACACAAGAGCAAUGUGGCAGGGGUGUACUGUGCUGGGUGGGGCAAUCAGGAGAGACAGGAGAGCUGAGGCUGGAGACACCACUGGGGACUAAGCCUUGAGUUCCAGCAGAAGGCUUUGGAUAUCUUCCUGAGGGCAAGGAGAAGCCCUUGAAGCAUUGAUUGAUGGAUAAUUCCAUUGACUGGUUAUUUUAAGUGGAGUGACAUGACAAGAUUUGUGUUUUAGAAAGGCUGCUGGCUGCACCAUGGGGGCUUUGAGUGGUAAAGGGAAGCUGGAGGCCAAGAGCUCAGGCAGGAGGCUGGUGCGCUAAUCAAGGGGAGAAUUAGGAGGUCCUGAACCAGGUCAAGAGAGGCAUCCUAGAAGUGGGGACAUCUAAGCUGAGUCUUGAAAGAUGAGUAGGAACACACCAGGUGGAGAAGCUGGAAACGGUGUCCAGGGAAGAGAAAGGGCACAGAUAAAGUCUCAGCAUACAGAAAGCUCCUGGCAGGCUUGGGGAAUUUCCACUAGUUCAGCAUGGCUGCAGUGUGGCCUAAGAGAGGGGUCAUGGUGAGGGAUGAGGCUAAAGAAGUGAGUCGGGGCCUUAAACUUCUCUCAAUAUUCUGUCUCUGGAAGCAAAACUCAGGUGGGAGAGAAGAGGGGGAGCGCUGGCCACCUGUGCAGAGGUAGCUGUGUGGGACUGGGAGGGCCCUGGGUCAGGGGUGCUCUGUACUCAAAGCAGACCUUUCCAUACUCAACAACACUUCACAUUUUACAAAAUCCCUUCACACUUGAUCUUCACGGUUUCCUGGUGAGGCAUGUGGGACAAGGGUUAUAUUUCCCAUAUAGUGGACAAAUAAACUAAGGCCUAGAAAAGCACAAACAUUUGUCCAAGGUUACUCAAGAGCCUCUCAAAAUUCCACUGUUUGUUCUAAUAAAACUUCUUGCCACAGAAUCACAUAUACACACUAGAUGGUGUAGUGGCUGCUAACUAAUGUGAUGGAAUAAAAAAAAAAUGAGAGGAGACACAUCAGAGAGACCUCCUCCUCCUGUUCUGUUCCUUAAACUUCACCCUGCAGACAUUCCAGCUGAGAAAACAGAACCAGGUUCUCCCUGUGCUCUGGAAUCCAAUAAACAUGAGGGCAAAUUCCAGCUGUGCCACUUUCCAGGUGUGAGGGGUCACUGCACUCAGCAUUGGUUUUCUAAUCUUAAAAAUGGAAGGAAUGGGGCACCUGGGUGACUCAGUCAGUUAAGUAUCCAAUUCUUGACUUGGACUCAGGUCAUGAUCUUGCAGUUGUAGGAUGGAAUCCCGCAUUGGACUCUGUGCUGGGCAUGGAGCCUGCUUAAGAUUCUCUCUCACUCUCCCUCUGUGUAUGCAUAUGCUUGCUGUCUGUCUCUCUCUCUCUCUUUCUGUCUCUCUCUCCCUCUCUCCCUCCCUCUCUCUCUCUCUCUCUCUCUCUCUCACACACACACACACACACACACACUAUGGAAGACACAAACUCCACCUUUCAGGG